GUGCGGGCGGAAGUGGGUUCCAGACCUUUUAGCGGAGCGGCCUGUGGAGUAAACAAGUACCGAGUGGCCGCUUGCAGCUGGUGCCAGAGGGUACAGGCCACCAUGAACCGGGUCCAGGAUGACUAUGACCCCUACGCAGUUGAAGAGCCUAGCGAUGAGGAGCCAGCUUUGAGCAGUUCUGAAGAUGAAGUGGAUGUGCUUUUACAUGGAACUCCUGACCAAAAACGAAAACUCAUCAGAGAAUGUCUUACUGGAGAAAGUGAAUCAUCUAGUGAAGAUGAAUUUGAAAAAGAAAUGGAAGCUGAAUUAAAUUCCACCAUAAAAACAAUGGAGGACAAGUUAUCCUCUCUGGAAACAGGGUCUUCUUCAGGAACUGGAAAAGUUGGAACAGCUCUGACAAAGUACUACGAUGAUAUAUAUUUUGAUUCUGAUUCUGAGGAUGAAGACAAAACAGCACAGGUGACCAAGAAGAAAAAGAAGAAACGACACAGGAUUCCAACAAAUGAUGAAUUACUGUAUGAUCCUGAGAAAGAUAACAGAGAUCAGGCCUGGGUUGAUGCACAGAGAAGAGGCUACCAUGGUUUUGGAAUACAGAGGCCACAUCAACAACAGCCUGUUCCAAAUAGUGAUGCUGUCCUGAACUGCCCUGCCUGCAUGACCACACUAUGCCUUGAUUGCCAAAGGCAUGAAUCAUACAAAACUCAGUAUAGAGCAAUGUUUGUGAUGAAUUGUUCUGUCAACAAAGAGGAGGUUCUAAGAUACAAAACCCCAGAGAACAGGAAGAAAAGGCGAGGCCAUAAGAAGAUGAGGUCUAAUCGUGAAGAUGCUCCAGAGCAGGUAGAGGCAGAAGUGGAAGAAAUCUAUCACCCCGUCAUGUGCACCGAAUGUUCCACUGAAGUGGCAGUCUAUGACAAGGAUGAAGUCUUUCAUUUUUUCAACGUUUUAGCGAGUCAUUCUUAAAUAGCUAAGUUGGCAUUUAAUUGCCCAAUACAAUAUACAAUGCAAAUAUGGACACUUACUUUCCCUGCUAAUUUCUCUCCAUUGACAUUCUGAGCGGUUAUUUGAGGAAGCAGUGUUUGUCUUUUUGAAAGAGAAUGAUUGUCAACCUGCAUCCUUCCACCUCCUUUAAAAAAAAUUUUCCCCCAGUUUUGAUGGGACUAAUUAUUCAUUUCCUUUUUGAUGGGCAUUUGGAAACCAUGGGGACUUUUUUUACAUAUUAAAACUCUUUAGAAUUAAAAUGCUCUGGAGUUAUAAGUAAUGUUUCAGAGUGUUAUUUUUUAUUUUGGAUGUACCCUUGGUGUGAUUAAACUAGACACUAUUCCCCCACCCCCACUUCUGUCUGUAUUGUUUUUGCUAAAAAGUAUAUUUACCUUCUAUCAUAGUAUGAAGUGACAUUAUUUAGCAACUGUUACAGUUACAUGGGGUAAUAUUGCCAGGUGCUUUCAGUAAUUAAUAUAGGUCUUUUCCUAAAAGGAUUGUAUAGUUAACAGUAAUCUAACCUUAGUGAAUUAACAUAGUAAGUAGAAAUUUAUGGUGAUGGGUCGCCUGGGUGGCUCAGUCAGUUAAGCAUCUGACUUCGGCUCUGGUCAUGAUUUCAUCGUUCCUGAGUUCGAGCUCUGUGCUGACAGCUCAGAGCCUGGAGUCUGUUUCAGAUUCCGUGUCUCCCUCUCUGUUUCUGCUCCUCCCCCACUCGUGCUCUGUCUCUCUCUCUCUGUCUCGAAAAUAAAUAAACAUUUAAAAAAAAUAAAAAAAAAUUAUGAUGAGGAAGAGCAAGCUCACCCUCCACCCUUGGACUUAAAAAUACAGUUGCUGCCUCUUAUGCCCACUAUUUGUUCUGGAAUUUCUGUGGCCAGCAGCCAAGAUACUGUUUUUUCUUUUUUGCUAUUAAUAUAAAAAUCAUUAGUGACAGGUUGGAGGAAAUUGCAUUGUAGGCAUCUGUGCUUUUGAAAAGAACGAUUGGACUUGUUCCAAAAACAUUAGGAAACUCAGGAUCCUCCUGUUAUUCUAGUAGAGAUAUGGUAGAGUGGAAUGAAGUCAGAAAAUAGGUAUUUAAAAAAAAUUUUUUUUAAGUAAUCUCUACCCUAGUGGGGCUUGAACCCACUACCCCAAGAUCAAAAGUCUCAUGCUCUACUGAUUGUGAGCCAGCCAGGGGCCCCAGGAAAUACAUUGUAUGUAUGUAUGUAUGUAUGUAUGUAUGUAUGUAUGUAAAAGAUUUUAUUUUUAAGUAAUCUCCACACCCAACAUGGGGCUUGAACUCACAACCCCAGAUCAGGGAUUACUUAUUGUACUGACUGAGUCAGCCAGGUACUUUAGGAAAUACAUUUUAAUUCAGGCUAUCACACUAAUCUUGGGCAAGUAUUUUCCUCUGAGUUCCAGUUUUCUCAUCUAUAAGAUGAAAAGAUUGCAUUAGAGCAGUGAUUCCCCACAGAGGUCAGGGCUCAGCAGAGCUUGAGGGGGACCUCUACAUAUUCCCUCAGAAUGAUACAUCUCCAGAAGGGAGAACAUGUCCUUCCCACUGCCUUGCCUUCUGUGCUUUCUAAGGAGUACAGGAGAACUGGAACCAGUGACCAUAUGAUGUUCAUAUGAAUUGGGUGGAGGCAGAAAAAUGAUAAAGAAUUUGUUCCUAGGGAUUUCCAAUGUCUAAAUAGCAUAUUUUAUAAUUUUUAUAAUAUGCCGAUGUCUAUCUGGUUGGAUAUCUGAUUGGAGAUAUAUAUAUAUAUAUAUAUAUAUAUAUAUAUAUAUAUAUACAUAUACAUAUAUAUAUAUAUAUAUGAUGUAUACAUACUUUUAAAUGUUUAAGCAUAUUGCCAGAUGAUCUGUUACAGAAUAAUACUACUAGUCUAAUUUAACCUUGUUUUUGCCAUAUUAUAGCUUUGCAAGAUCUUUUUCCUACUUGCUGUCAUUGCAGACCCUACUUUCUUCCCACAUCCCACAACUAGUGUUCCAUUGUACCUUCAUCUCCACUGCAAGGUUCUCAGUGGUCUUAUACAUAAAGAUCACCUGGGGCAGAUAUUUAAAAGGUGCUACCCAGAAUGCGACUCAGUGACAAAAAAUGAGGCAGGAAAUCACAAUAUAUAAAGAUGCAGUUUUUGGCAACAACAAAGGGGAGAGACAGAACUGUGUAAAGCAGACUUUUGUGUAUUAUUGAAGCUAAGUUUGAGCUAGUUUGUUAGAAAUUUAAGAUGGCAAUUGUAAUGCCCAGGGUAACCAUGAAUAUGUUGCAACAAGAAUACUUAAAGUGAUCUAAGAAUAGAGUAUAAUAUAUUUGAAUAUUAUGUUAUAAAAUUAUAAAACUGUA